AUACCUGUGUCAGAAGGAGCGGAAAGAGGAUAUGGUAUCUAGUUUAAAUCCGUGAUGGCGGCAAGCUGGUGAUUUCUCCCGAAAUGUCCACUUAUCUGCCUAAGAGAGCUGUGUUAUUCAAAUUCGGCAGCAUUUCAGAUGGAAAGCUUGUUGCAGUUCCCCAAUCACUUCAGCAAUUGCACCAAUUGGCAAAGGAGAAGUUUGAUUUGAWGGAAGUCGAAGGGAUUUAUAGCACUAAAGGCGGUUUGAUUGAAGAUGUACAAUUGAUAAGAGAUGAUGAAGUUUUGUAUGUAGCAUCAUGUAAACUCGAGGGUCAGUUUAAUACUUGUAAUUGUGCCUCAUAUACAAAAUCACUAGGACAUGGGCUGGGUAGAAGUCUAAACAAGUCAUACAGUGACUGGGUUACAUUAAAUGUGGGUGGACAACUCUUYACGACCACAAGAGCUACAUUGUUAAGAGAGUCAAACAGUAUGCUUGCAAGGAUGUUUUCUGUUUCAGACUCGUGGCAAAGUAUACAGGAUGCCACUGGUGCCGUAUUAAUUGACAGAAGCCCAGUUUACUUUGAACCAGUGCUAAACUUCCUUAGACAUGGGAGGGUUAUUCUUGAUGAAGGUGUCAAUCCUCAAGGAGUUCUAGAAGAAGCAAAGUUUUUUGGGCUUUCUGGAAUGAUUGAAGAUCUUGAGGAAAUUAUCAAGUCUAUAGAGAAAGCAGAUGGUGACGCCUUGACCAGAAAUGAGUUUAUAAGAAUAUUGUUGUCAACUCCCUCUUCUAGAGAGCUCAGGUGUCAGGGAAUCAGUCUUCAAGGAGCAAAUCUUUCAAACUUGGAUUUGCGUCACAUCAAUUUCAAAAUGGCAAAUCUAAGUUGUUCAGAUCUCACUGGGGCAAACUUGUCUCAUUGUUCAUUGGAAAAUGCAAACCUGUCGGGUGCACAGCUUGAUGGAGCAAUUCUUGGCAACACCAGACUUCAGAGAGCAAACUUAGAAGGUGCAUCAUUAAAAGGAUGUAACUUUGAGGACCCUUCAGGGGUACAGGCACAUUUAGAAGGUGUAAACCUUAAAUCAUCAAACUUAGAAGGAAGUCAAAUGACAAAUGUAAUUCUCAGAGUAGCAACAUUGAAAGGUGCCAAUUUACAAAACUGUAAUCUUAGAGGAGCCAUUCUUGCUGGUGCAGACCUUGAGAAUUGCAAUUUAAGUGGCUGUGAUCUUCAAGAUGCCAAUUUAAGGGGUGCCAAUGUAGUUGGUGCAAAGUUUGCUGAAAUCCUAGGUCCACUGCAUAUGUCACAGUCAGUAGGAGUUUGCCUGGGAAGGACCACCAAUAAUUCACCAAAUUGAUGUCUAAAUGACCUGGUACAUGCUGGCACACAACACAAGGAUACAGACCUAUAAAGUGCCUUGCAUAUCUGAUGAAAAAUGUGGACAAAUUGUAAUCCUCGUGCAUAAGGACAAAAAGAGUAUUGGAAGGUUUUUUUACGCAAAUUUACAAGAACAUUGUACCCAUAAAAGCUAAAUUCAAAAAUAGGAUUAUCAUAUGGUGGAUGAUUGAGUUUUUUGUGAUGACAUUGAGUGGAAGUACUACCUAGUUCCAAUAGACUGAAGAAGACUAACCAUGAGUAAUGCUCAGGACAUUUUGAUGUAUCAUUCUCAGCUCUAUUAAGCCUAUUAUUAAUCGUAAUUACUUUUUACUCCGAAACUAACACUUCUCACAUCUUUAACGACCGACCCCAUUUUUCUAAUCGUAAUCGUAAUCGUAAACUUCGUUCUUCGUGUAGUCAAAGGUGUUUUUCAUUAUAAUAAUGCCGAUCCUGGCACUUUUCGUUAUUUACGUAACCGUUGUAACACUUGUCCGUACAUUCACAUGGAGCACAGGCUCUUUAUCAGUGGUUCUUAUGUACACCACCCCUCCCCUCCCCUCUAUAUUUACCGUUAUUUUGAAGAGUUUAUAUGGUGUUAUUGAAUCGAGAAUUUCUCGCUUGAAUUUUAAUAAAUCAAGAACUUAAAAAUUAAGUACUUCUUCUUUGCUUGGUGGGGAGAAAGGCACUUAAACUCAAGGAAAUCGGCUGAAACUUCGUCAGGGGAUUGCACAAUACAUCAAUAACAACAGGUUUGAGUUUUGUUUCGAUUUAUUAAAAUUCAAGCGAGAAAUUCUCGAUUCAAUAACACCAUAUAAACUUUUCAAAAUAACGGUAAAUAUAGAGGGGAGGGGAGGGGUGGUGUACAUAAGAACCACUGAUAAAGAGCCUGUGCUCCCUGUGGUACAUUGUCUCGCACAAUUCCAUUGUUGGUCGUAACUCAUCACUCAGAAUCACUGAUCAUUUUGAAUGCCCCACCUCGUAAAACCAAAGAAAUGCGGCUAUUUAUUUCAUUGCUUAAGAGCUUGAUUUCCACUACUGCAUUUAAUAAAAUAACAUUUACUUUCUGUAUA